UAUAUGCAGUGGUUUUUGAAGUGCAGAAAGGAUCGGUUGCAAACACUUCUAACGAGCAUUUCUGUGACCAUAAUGGAGGAGUGUGGCUGCGAUUUUGUUGAAGGCGAAAACACAGAAGUCAUAGCAUCAUCAAGACCUCAGACUCUUCAAAGCGGCAACCUUCAACAGCGACUGGGUUCGUCAACACUGUCCGAAACGCAGCCAUUUUCUAGAAAUGGGAACCAUUGCCAGGAAAUUGGUGUUAUGGCACAGGGUCAACAGGAAAAUUCGCCAAACGGAAGUCUCUUUCUCAAUGAAAAUGAUGCAGUACCGUCUGCGCAACGCGCUUCCUUUGUGGUCUCGCCCAAAAGAACGGACCUGCCUUCUCAGGAUCGUGAUUAUCAAGAAAAAGCUCACGGCGCGGCAAGAGCAGCUCUCUGCCCUUCCAACUUCCGGCCUAUCCUGGUGCUUAGGCCCAUAUGGAAUCUCCUUCGCCACAUAUACACAUACCUGGCUGAAAACUUGGCCCACAUGACAUCAGCAGAAGAGAUUCUUUUUUGCGCAAGACCAUCUCGGUCGUCCAAAAAAAUGGUUACGCGUGACGAAAGUCCGGAAGGACUUCUGGCGACGAUUGGAACUGCCUACUCCGCGCGCUCUACAUCUGUGGAACAACCGGAGUCUUCAAGUGACAGCUUCGAUUCAUCAUCCAGUGGAGCAGAGGAGGAAGAAAGAGGAACGGAAAGAAAUGUUGGUGGCAGCUACAGAGUGCUGCGCCAUACGCGGCGAGAAGCGCAAGGCCCUUCCGAAACCACUGGACCCAUGGCCACCGUAAUCGAGACCGCGGUGCACUUGACUGCUGUUGAGCGAAGGAUAAGACUCGUGCAGAGGGAAGAAGCCCCAAUACGAGUGCACGCUCCCCGAUAUCUCAAUGUGUCGACGCAGGAGCCCUGCUAUCUCGAGGUCUCUCCUGCUGACCAAGGAGCUGUUGGAAGCGCUGCUGGUGCCACAGAAGACCCACGUCAUUUCGCCGAGUGGGAAACGUUCACGAGGGCCCUGCUGACCUUGCACCGUUGUAUUCAUCACUUGCAACUGCACAUCUCGGCUGUCACCCGACUUCCUGGACAUUUCUACCAGACUUUGAGUUUGCAAGAAGGGACUGCACUUAUCAAAAUUGAAGUCUCUGCAUUUGAAGAUCCUUGCAUGGACUUCAUGCUGCCCUAUUUGCAGUACUUGUGCCGAGUAAGGAACGCCCACAUGACUUCAAUAUACGUUCAACGCAAACGUGCCCCACAUCCUGACGAUGUACCCAAUGAAGUGUAUGCUUCAGUGAUAGUAGGGGAAGGACUUCCAGAACUCGGUGACAUCAGGUUUUCCCGACUACUCGAUUAGACAAUGGAUAUGGCGUUUCUGCGGCGCAUUUCAAUUUGCGUUCACAACACUGGUACAAGGCCAUCUUCACCUCAUGAGAUCUCGUUAAACCUGACCCACGUGGGCCACUGCGAACCUUGGAGCUUGACUUACGAGGUUGAUGAAAGCCUGCAAACUCUUCUGCACUGCAAUAGUGACAACAUUCACGGCGUCAGCACAACGGUUACUAUGGGUAGUGCUGUGCUACUUCCUGGACAACACACACUUCGCGAGUUGAGAGGUUCAGCAGACCACCUGUUGUGCCACUUAAUUACACUUGCGCACGAUUCAUCGCCGUAUCACUACAUCAUCAACGUUGCUUCAUACGUGCGGAUGCGCGAUGACGAAGGAGUUAAUUUACCACUCCAAUGAUAUUGUACGUACUUGUGGAAAACCUUCCUAAACGUUAACAUGUUAUGUCGCCUCACUAUCGGCUCUACCAGGUUUCUCGAUCGAGCAAGUCUGCGAGUAAGUAUAGGCGGAGGCAAAGUGAUCGAAAACAUCAUUCCAGUUGCAGCUGAGGUUUUUUUGUUUUUUUUUUGUAGGCAGCGAUAUAGGAUUCUGAGCUUCAUGAAAAUUUUAAAGCAUCGCCUAAUUCCAAGUAUUCAAUUUUUCCCGGUUUUUCUUUGUCGCGCUGAACUACAAAAGUCAGAAAAAAUUAACGGAGUGCAGGUGGGUAAAAACUGUGCAAAGCACACAAUAGUAGAUCAAGAGACUCCUAAAUUUGGGUCUUUAACAGUAUAUGGAUGUGUUUAUUCAAGAAAAAUAACUAUGCUCCACCUCACAUAAAAGUGUGAGUUUGGCCAGUCCCAAAACUAAAGAAAUACUAAAAAAAAUUGUGGACCAAUUUUGAAAAGUUUUAUUGCGAACGUGAUUGCUUUUUGGGGAACUUCAAGUGUAAAUUUAGAGUAAUAGAGCGCGCCCGCUUUUUUAUGGAUAUUUGCGUCUCAGUAGACCUUCACCCAAUUAGUUUCAGGUUACUCUCUCAACAUUUUAAAUUUGCAUUGUACGGAUUCACCACUGACGAUGGAUCAAUCAUCUUAUCAUGCGAGUGGGAAAAUGACUAGCGUACCUCGCACGAAGGUCAACAUCCCGAAUCUGAAUAGGGCAUAAGACAAAAACAGUGAUGACAGUCCGAUAAUUACUCCUCGGUAAUCGGCAUUCAACAUUUUAAAACAUAACGGUGUGGCGUUGUGAAUGACUUUGCAAUAUUCUACAAUUUUAACAAGAAAGUGUUUUAUGCCAGGGUUGACCAAGAGUUCAGUUAGGUAUUUCCAUCACAGAAAUGAUGUUCAAAAUAUACGCACAAUCAGGAAACAAGAAAAAAUGUUCCGUCAUCGGGAGCCAAACCCAUGAGCUCCGGGUCCGCGAACACAUACACCAGGCAUGCUAUCCAUUGCGCCAUGGUCACUUUUUUAAUUGCCUCCGUGACCACAGAUGAAAAUAGUCUCACAAUCAUACAUUAUACACGAUUCAUACGCGUUAAUAAAAUAACCAUAACACAUCUUCAUCACAGUCACUAGUCUUGUACACAUCAAGCGCUUUGACUACAAUUUCUGCAAAACAGUCAUGAACAGAUGAUAUUCCAUCAUCACAGUCUCUAUAAGCUAUGGAUCUGUAUCAUAACAAGUGUAAACAAAAUAAAAAUACAUCCAAUUGCUGAGCAGAGUUUUCAAAAGGAAAA